AUGAGAGCGCGCGUAAAUCGCCCCUUGCGAACCGACGCGACGCGACGCCGCGCCUACGACGACGCCGGGCUCGUCGGCGGCCUCAUCGCCGCGGCCGUCAUUGCGAUCGCCGCGCUCUGCUGCAUCGGAGCCAUGGCGAAGAAGGAGAAGGAGGGCAAGCCCGUCUUCGCGCCCGUCCACAACCCCGUCAACGAGCGGGUCGCCGAGAAGGCCUGA